UUCGCCUCCGCUGCCAGUCGGUUGCAAUGCCUGCGGCGACAGCGACGGGACUUCAUCUUCAUAGCCAGUCUCGGACGUGGCGCCUAUGGCCGGGUGAAUCUUGUACGUGAGACGGCGACUGGCCGUAUCUGUGCUAUGAAAAUUCUAAACAAGGGCAAGAUGCUGAGCCAACACGCUGACUUUUGGGCGGAGCGUGAGAUAAUGGCCAGAAGCACCUCCCCCUGGCUUGUUCGGCUGUUCUACGCAUUUCAGGCAAGUUCCUUUACAUAA